CCAGGAGUGUGAUGGUUUGCACUUCUAUCCUGACAGAGAAAGAUCACAACAGAGAGUUGGUUGGCUAAGGAGUUUUCACAGUGUGCAUGGAUGGAUAAGAGUAAAAUGGGGAAAAGGGGGCGAAAACGAAGAAUCCCACCAGCAUUCAUAUCCAGACUCAUCUUUCUGGACUUCUUCUGAUUGGUACUCAGGAAGGAGAGAACAUCUGUCAGUUGUGUGACCCUUGUAUGUUCAUCACUAUUCAGUCCUUACUCUUGGAUUCCUGCUGGGAGAAGCAAAAGAUAAAACAUCCGCUUCUAUCAGUCAGCCCAAAUUGUUGCAGAGGUGGAAGGAGAAGGGAACCGUGUGGUGAACAGACCAGCUCCGGAGCAUCUGUGUUUACUCUGCAUGAUCUCCUUAGGUCACUGUGAAUGAAAGGUGUGGGACUGAAGGACAUGUAGACGAUACCAUUUACACAUCUGGCCUCCUAAAGACUAAUUAUUGCCUGGGAUCUCUUGACAAAUCUAAAAGACAAGUUCUCUAAAACUGACAUCCAUUACCUCACGAUAAUGACCUUUACCUGAAUUGUAGACCCCCCUCCGAGUACCUUUAAAUACCGGUAAUCACAAAUGACAGUGUUCACAUAUGUCAUUGUGACUGGAUACACACUACACUCAUGCCAUUUCUGGUGAUUUAGGUUUCAGCAUGUCGAGGAACAAGCUGGAGAUCUGUGCUCAAUUCGCAAGUCAAUGGCGGCUGGAGCUGAGAGAACAGAGACUAAUGAGAAAGGUAGCGAUUGAAGGCCUGUUCCAUUAGUACUCCCAGGGGAAGUAGGGGCCUGGAUCCUGGCCGGACACAUUGACCUCUACCAAAUACAUUUGGGACAUUAUUGUGGUGUACACAGGAAAAUCUACAUGGCUCACAGACAACUGUGCCUCUUGGAGUACAAGAUGUGGAUAUGGAUAUAACUAUCUUCUCAUACAAACAACUCUGACUGCUAUCUUCUCACUGUAUACAAAAAAGCAAAAAGUAAGGCUUUGGCUCAUAGUAUGAGCAGUACAUUCUAGCACUGCACUGGAGAAAGAGAGUCUGCAUUUCUUUGUUUUCUUGGUUGGCUGUGGCUCUCCUGCCUGGGAAUAUCAUGCAACUAUAAACAGGAGGUGGCUCAGACAUCUGAUCCCUGUUCCACUCAUCUAUCAGUUAUCUCAGCAUUACCAAAGCAAAUCAGAGAUCUGAGAAAAAAAAUAUAUAUCUGCAGAAGACAUCAGCCUAUACUCUCCAGCAUCCACUGGACACAGGUGGCUAAUUCCUUAGCUUUCUUGCCAUCAAGGUCAGGAAGGAGAAAAGUGGCAACUCACAGACAGCCUUUGGUGAGACAGGUGUUUUUCAGUCUCUCUCUGGGAGGGACUAGCAGUGAAAGGAAAAGCCUCACCGUGGGCUCUUGAGGAGCAGAAACACUUUUCUACUAGCAAUGCUUGGAUGCGAUGCUUGUCUCUGUGGAUCUAACAUGGACUGUAUGGCCUGAUUACACCGCCCUGGUAUUCAGAUAGUGCUGGAGGCAAGGGAUAAUGUGCCCAGAAAAAGAAGCCACCAUGAGCAACGUCACGGUCACCGACAACACUGAGCCCAUCAGCCGCACCAUGAGUCCGGCAACCCCCAGCCCAUACUCCUAUCCUGUUAGUUUUCAGGUCUCCCUGACAGGCUUCCUCAUGCUAGAAAUCCUGCUUGGCCUGAGCUCCAACCUUACUGUGCUUGCCCUUUACUGUAUGAAGUCAAACCUCAUUAGUUCUGUCAGUAACAUCGUCACAAUGAACCUCCAUGUGCUGGAUGUACUGGUCUGUGUGUGCUGCAUCCCACUCACCAUUGUGGUGGUCCUUCUCUCCCUGGAAGGAGACACUGCCCUCGUCUGCUGCUUCCAUGAAGCCUGUGUUUCUUUCGCCAGUGUUGCCACUGCUGCUAAUGUGCUGGCCAUCACCCUUGAUCGUUAUGACAUCUCUGUCAAACCAGCCAACAGAGUUCUGACCAUGGGCCGUGCCCUAGCCCUGCUGGCUACCAUCUGGGUGCUAUCCUUUGCUAGUUUCCUUGUACCCUUUAUUGAGGUGGGCUUCUUUGUCCAAGGCCAUACUGAGCCAAACCAGACACUGGUGGAGAACGUGGUCCACACUAACCAGUACUACAAUGAACUUGGCCUCUAUUACCACUUGCUUGCUCAGAUUCCUAUUUUCUUCUUUACUGCCAUUGUCAUGCUUAUCACCUACUCAAAGAUCCUGCAAGCACUCAACAUUCGCAUUGGCACACGUUUCCACGCUUCACAGAAGAAGAAAGCUCGCAGGAAAAAGCGCCUGUCCAUGACGGCCGUGACAACACAGCAAGAGACCACAGAUGGCUCCCAGAGCAGUGGCACCCGCAAUCCCACGCUGGGUAUGCGAACCUCUGUCUCUGUCAUUAUUGCCUUGCGUAGGGCUGUUAAGCGCCACAGAGAAAGACGAGAGCGCCAAAAAAGAGUUUUCAGAAUGUCCCUCCUCAUUGUGUCUACCUUUCUGCUGUGCUGGACGCCCAUCACGGUGCUAAACACAGUGAUCCUGAGUGUGGGCCCCAGUGACCUGAUGGUCAAGUUGAGACUAGGCUUCCUGGUCAUGGCUUAUGGGACAACUAUCUUUCACCCACUACUCUAUGCCUUCACUAGGCAGAAGUUCCAGAAAGUCUUGAAAAGCAAGAUGAAGAAGCGAGUGGUGUCAAUAAUUGAGGCGGACCCUACCCCUAAUAAUGCUAUUAUUCACAACUCUUGGAUUGACCCAAAGAGGAACAAAAAGGUGACGUUUGAGGACAAAGACGCCCAACUGAAAUGUCUGUCUUCUGAGAAUGUGGAGUGACGGGACUUAUUAUCUUUAGCAAAAACAGUCAAAGCAGCUAAAACUGACAUCAGGUCAUGAUGAAAAAGGGAAAAUGUUAAUCCAAAGCAGUAAUGUAAAUAAUAUGGGCAGUAGAACAUACAAAAACACAAGAUAGAUUAUUUAUUACUAUUUAUUGAGAACAAAACUAGGUUUCAUAGAUAUACUGUUUACUGUACUGUAGAUAUUGCAUGGCUUUUUGUAAGAGUAGCAACAUAAACUACAUUGUGUACAUACAAAUACAUGUACAGAAUAGGGUAAACAAAGUAUAUAUAUAGAGAGAGAAGUAGAAAUUGUUAUGUAAAUGUAUAUUUAUAAUAAAUUUUGUGUUCACUCCUAUUCUCCCCUCCCCUGAGUAAAAUGUCUGUGACUCUGUAACAGCUGUGAGAUUACUCCCAUUCAUCACUGUGCAACUUGUUCUGACACCAGACCCUGAUAUCACCAGUGACCACUGACCUUAUUGCCUGGGAACCCUCUAAGGGAAAGCACUCACACUUAAAUGAGACUACAAGCGUGAAGACACAACAAAACACACGGGUCAAAUUUGGAAAGAUGGGUAUUGGAAGCUGUGGAUGUUUUGUUGCCAUAGCUAAAAAGCUAUGGGAGUGCUGUUCACAAACACUGCUUUUUAUAGUUGAAGAAGACCAAGAUCACAUACCACAGACACACCAGAACGCCAUGUUUCUCAUCAUCAUCAUGUCUGACACAAAACAGAUGUUAUCAAAAAUCUGUUUCAUAUUAGCAGUCACCUCUUUGAGCCAAAUGGAAAUUCUACAGUUGCCUUAUUUUCCUUUGAAGGAUUGUGUGUGGCAGUAUGUGGAAUGGGAGACUGUGACAGCGAGAGCACAUGCUGAACACACUGAAUGAAUGAUAAACAAGCAUUGUUUUCAUAUGAGAUAACAAUCCACAGAUAAUGUUUCAAUACAGAAGUUAUUUAACCAAAGGGAAAUUGUAUUAUCGAAUUGUCUGUGCUUAUUAACAAUAGCCAAACAGCAAUGCUGUCCAAAUAAGCAAAACCAUAACUGUAAUAAAGGAUUACUGAGCAUAUC